UUCGAUCGGAAGCGGAGUGGCGGUAUCACGUCAGAGGCCAUGACGACAGGAGCGCGCGGCUCAGUGUGACAGAUGUUGUUCGAGGAGAAACCGCUUUACUAAACUGGGAGACGAGAAGAGGAGGAGGAGAGCGGGCCGUGUCUGGAUCUGUCCCCGCGGAGGAGAAGCGGCGCUCACCGAAACAUGUCCGGGGAAAAGGCGGCGGCGACUCCCUGCAGCAAGUUCCAGGCGAAUAUUUUUAAUAAGAGCAAAUGUCAGAACUGCUUCAAGUCGCGCGAGCUCCAUCUGCUCAACGACCACGACCUGGAGCAGGCCAAACCCAUCUAUGCAGGCUGGCUGUGUUUGGCUCCAGAGGGGACAGAUUUUAACAACCCGAUGCAGAGGUCAAGGAGAUGGCAGCGGCGCUUCUUUAUCCUGUACGAGGACGGCAGCCUGAGCUUCGCUCUGGAUGAGCUGCCCAGCACUUUGCCACAGGGGACGGUGAACGUGAACGUGUGCGCAGACAUCUUCGAUGCAGAGCCCAGGACGGGCCAGAAGAACGCCCUCUGCAUCGUCACCCCAGAGCAGGAAGUAUUCAUCCGUGGUGACAAUAAAGACAUCAUUAAUGGGUGGAGUGAGCAGCUGGCAGUUUAUCUGCGAACUCACAAACAGAAUCAGAAGAAGAAACGCAAAGUUGAGCCUGUGGCCAACCAGGAGCCCAGUCCAGCAAAAAUGGUAGCAACCGAUCCGAGUUUUCCAUCCUCGGGGAGGGACCGCCCAGAGCCCGGCCAGUGGCAGGAAGACCAGCGGGACGGGGGGCCAGAUGCGACUCCCAUCUGGACUGUCACGGACACCGAGCAUCUGGGCCCUGAGCGGACCCCUGCAGGCAACGCCUCCUCCUACCUGUGCCUGGACCCCAGGGGCUCUCUGACCUCAGCCGGCUUCGGCAGCUCGGUCGGUUCUUCAGACUUGGCGGCCUCUGAAAGCUCCGACACCGGCAGAAACAACCGGCUGACUGAAGCCAACAACAUCCAAACAUCAGCAAACAACAAGAACCGAAGGCAGGACGGGAGCAAAAACAGAUCGGAGGCCACCAGGAAAGAGCAGGAAACGGGAGCAUCCAUGUUGAGGACGGGCAGGAGCGAGACUCGUACCAACAAACGAGAGAAACUUCAGUCGUGUGGAGAUUCGUCCUCUCUCGUUGCCCCCCCUCCCCAGAGAAGAGCCAGGUCUCUGGACCGCAGGACAUCAGACACGGCCAUGACGCCAGACUUGUUAAACUUCAAGAAAGGCUGGAUGGUCAAACUGGAUGAAAAUGACCAGUGGAAGAAAUAUUGGUUUGUGUUGUCGACUGACAGUCUGAGAUACUACAAGGACUCGACGGCCGAGGAGGCCUCAGAUCUGGAAGGAGAGAUCAACCUAAUGAAGUGUUACAAUGUGUCUGAGUACCAGGUGCAAAGAAACUACGGCUUUCAGAUCCACACACCGAAGGGCGUCUUCACGCUUUCGGCGAUGACCGCGGGGAUACGAAAGAACUGGAUCCAGGCGCUGAUGAAGAACGUCCAUCCGGCCAAAGCCCCUGAUGUGGCCAGUUUACCUGGCCAGCACAUUCCCUGCAGCCCACCUGAGGUCCUCCCCAAACCAGACGUGACUCAGGACUCUCCCUCGGCCGACGUCUCCUCGGAGAGCGAGCCUCACCCCAAAGCCAGCAGCGUGACGGAAAGACGGCGCGAAGGCCGCUACAAAACCUUCGACUGGGCUGAAUUCAAGCCUGAGAGCGAGCCGGCGGUGGACGCCGAUCUACAGAAAUCCCCCUGCUCGCUGGAGCUGGGUGACCUGGAGCGAAGGAAGCGGCGUGAGGAGAGGAGGAGGAGGUAUGAGAAGAUGCUGGGCUUCUCUCUGCUAGAAAAGGAGGGCAGCGUCCGAGCGCUGAGUCCGAAAUCGCAGCAGAGAAUGGAGGAGGAGAUGGAGGAGUGCUGGAAGCAGGUGGAGAAGACAAUGUUCAGACUGGAGAGGACGGUCCCGCUGUUUUCUGACGGGAGAGAUGCAGAGGAGAUGGAGAAGGUGCUGCAGAGCUACAGGAAGGCGGUGGAAGAUCUGAAGGUUCAGUUGGAGGAGUCGGAGCAUCGACGACAGGAACUGGAAGCUCAGCUCAGCGCAGAAAGAUUUCAACAUCAGCAGCUGGAUUCUCCCGUCAGUCCUGAAGCUGAUUUUUACCCAUCAGAUAUGAAAGAAAAGCCACUCAAAGACCCGACGAAGAGCCUGAAGGAGGCGUACAGAGAGCUCCUGCAGCAGCAGAACGUCAUGAGACAGAACAUGAAGGAGCAGCUCGGCCAGGAAACACCUUCACCAACACCACAGCUGCCCAGCAUCUGGCUCUGCGAUACAGGGGGCGAGCUGCAAGAACUGGAGGAUUUAUUAUCUGAGACAGCAGCCUCACCUUUACUGUCACCUGCAUCAGACAGCCAACACUCUCAGAGUGAGGGAAUGAGCUUCGAUGACAGGACAGCCGACCUCCAGGACCAGCUGCACGCAGACGCCCGUCAGCUGUUUCCUGUCUCAGAGACACAGGUGGAUAAGUUCGGCUCGUGGGCCCAUGAGUCCGCAGAGGGAGACGAGUCCCAGCUGAAGCAGGUGACUCCUGAUCAGGUGACCCUGGAGAAGCUUUCCCUGGAGGUGGAGCUGCUCACGAGCCAGAACGAGGCUCUGAACCAGCGCAACCAGGAGAUGCUGAACCAGCUGACGGAGGCAGACCGCGAGAUCGAAAGGCUGAAGGCGGAGCUCAGCAGCAGGUACUCAGAGCCCCGUGACCUCCCUGAGGUGGAGCAGCAGGGGAAGACCAGGGUGGAAGAUCUGGCGAUGGAGCUGAACUUGAAGAACCAGGAGCUCCAGGAGGCCCAGACGCUGAUCAGCUCCCUGGAGGAGACCCUGAGGGAGACGGAGGUCCUGCUGCAGCUGAGCGACCCGGUAGGAGAGGAUGAAAACAAGAAGAGGGACGAGAAACCGGAGGGAUACCUGCUGCGGUGUUUCGAAGCGACCGAGGCCAAGCUGACAGAGCUGGAGAGACAGCUCGACCAAUCAGAGCUGAACUGCAGGGAGCUGCAGGAAGCGGAGAAACUUUCCUGCCAACGAGCGGCGGAGGCGGAGGCUGACAUCAGGAGGCUGAAUGAGGAGUUAGAGAAGGAGAGGCUGAAAGGAGACAGAAGUGUUUCUGCCGAGGAAAAGACCCAGAAGGUGAUCGAGGGGAUGGUCGCAAGGCUGAGCGCUUUGGGGAGACUUUUAGAGGCGAUCGACACGUUGGAAGGAGGUGAGGCGAAGGUGGAGGAGGGGGAGAGGAGUCCUGCUGUGGUGAGCCAGCUGGAGUGGGAGGAGGCUUUUUGGAGUUUGCUGCUGAAGAAACUGAAGGAGGAUCCGUCCAAGCUGAUCGAGUCCGCAGAUGUGCGGGUCGGCGAGGCGGCAGAACAGAUGGUGCUGGAGACACGAAUGCUGCUCAUAGGCCACCGUCUGCUUCAGACCGAGGAGGUGGCGGCGCAGGAAGGCAGAGAGGGCAGACGCGAGGGCGAGGCUAACGAUAUAGCAUUGGAAACCACGAAGACGGAGGAGGAGAGCGGCAUGAGUGACUUGAGUGACUUUGAGCGUUUCAAAGCCGUCACACAGAUUAAAAUGUCUAUGCUGGACCAGCUCGCCGCCUCCCUCAGCGCCGCCGCCGUGCACGAGGAACUCCAGCCGACAGCAGACAGACUGUAUGAGUUUCACUCUUCAGAUCAUCCUUGGAUAGCGUCGUUCAUUUACUCGGCGGCAACCGAAGCACUUUACCGCCAUCGAUUGUGCAGGCUUUGGGCUAAAUACGCCAACUGCUCAAAAUGCGCCAAACUCCGGGAGGAGAACGAGGACCUCAAAGCAAAACUGUCAAACCUUGAACAACGACGCACAUCGAAGAUGAACGCAGGCUGCCAGACUGAUGAGAUUUACCUCCAGGACGCGGAGCUUCAGGGCGCAGAGGAGAGUGAAGAAGAGGAGGAGGAAUUGAUAGAUGAGAUGGAAAUCCCACAGAAGGUCUCAGAUGAAAGCUUAGAGGAGAGCGAUGAACCAGAUGGAAACGUGGAGCUGAUUUCAGCUCUGAGAAGAAAGGUGGAGGAGCUGGAGGAGCAGCUGACGGUCUCAGAGGACAAAAUGACUUUGGUGCAGCUACAGCACGAGAAAGAGACGGAGAAGCUGAAGGUCACCUGCGAGCGUGGACUCGCCUCCAUGGAGGAAUCUCACCUGAAGGUGGUUGAGGGGCUGCAGCGUCGACACAAACAGGAAGUGGAGCGCCUCCUGGUGGACAGGGACAGACUAUUAGAGGAGGAGAGUGCUGCUACUGCAACAGCGAUCGAAGCCAUCAAAAACGCUCACCGCCUGGAGCUGCAAAGGGAGGUGCAGAGGAGAUGUGAGUUCGAGAACAGCAAUGGGCUCUCAAACCUGGAGGAAGUCCACAGGCAGCACAGUGAGGAGCUGGCCUCCUGCCAGCGGGAGCUCGAGGUUUUAUCGCAGCAGUUUUCUCUGAAGUGUCUGGAGAACGGACAUCUGGUCCAGGCUCUGGAUGCCGAGAGGAAGGCCCUGUGCCAGUGCCAGCAGGAAAACCAGGACCUGAGGACCAGAAACCAGGAGCUGAGCGGCCACCUGGCAGCAGAGAUCACCAGACUGUGCACGCUCGCCAAACAGGACGCUCUGCCGCUCAGUCAGGGGAUGGACGUGUACGAGAUGGAGAUCACGCUGCGAGUGAAGGAGUCUGAGGUCCAGUGUCUGAAGCAGGAGAUCACGUCUCUGAAGGACGAGCUGCAGUCGGCUCAAAGGGACAAGAGGAACGCGACAAAGAAGUACAAGGACAUGUACACGGAGCUGAGCAUCGUUCGGGCAAAAGCGGAGCGAGAGGCAGACGAGCUGAGAGAAAACCUGAGGCUGGCUCAUCAGGCGCUGGGACGGACGUCGCCGUGACGACUUGUCAGUUUUAUUUCCUCAUUAUAUGCCACCUCACCCCACAGUUUACUUCAGAUUUUUAUAGAGAUAAAGAUGUUUUUACUGCUUUAACCUUUCUGACACUGAAUCUGUGAUGUGUUUGUAUUUGCUGAAUAUUACCAUAUAAAAAA